GCCACAACAGACAUCAUGUUCCUGGUGUGUUGUGUCCCCUUCACCGCUACCCUCUACCCCCUUCCAAGCUGGGUGUUCGGAGACUUCAUGUGUCGUCUGGUCAGCUACCUACAACAGGUGACAGCGCAGGCGACCUGUAUAACUCUGUCUGCUAUGAGUGUUGACCGUUGCUACGUGACCGUCUACCCUCUGCAGUCCCUACGCCACCGUACCCCUCGCAUGGCCAUGACGGUCUCUGUCUCCAUCUGGAUAGGUUCUCUCCUGCUGUCAGUGCCUAUAGCUCUGUACCAGCGUUUGGAGGAGGGCUGUUGGUUUGGUCCCCAGACAUAUUGCAGCGAAGUGUUUCCUUCUGCCCACCUCCAGAGAGCAUUUAUCCUUUACAGCUUCCUGGCUGUCUACCUGUUACCUGUCAUCACUAUCUGCUUCUGUUACGCCUUCAUGAUCAAACGCAUGGGACAGCCCUCGGUACAGCCCACCGACAGCAGCUACCAGGUAACAGCCCAAGUAGAACGUGGUGCAGCAGUCAGGGCUCGUGUCUCUAGGAUGGUGGUGGUGAUGGUGGUUCUAUUCACUGUGUGCUGGGGGCCCAUCCAGAUCUGCAUCCUGCUCCAGGCCUUCGAACCACACCUGCGCUCCUACGCACUCUACAAGGUGAAGAUCUGGGCCCACUGCAUGUCCUACUCCAACUCUUCUGUCAACCCUCUGGUCUACGCUUUCAUGGGCAACAACUUCAGAAAGGCCUUUAAACAUGCCUUCCCCUCUGUCUUCAGCCCGCAGGGCCGAGGGAGAGGGAGGGGGAGGGUGGGGGAGGCAGGGAGAGAGGGGGGGGAGACAGAGGGCCAGACCCCCAACGUGGACACAGAGAUGCACUUUCUUUCAUCUGGGACCUGA